AUGGCCAACCGUCUCUCCCAAGUUUCUGGUCACGUUACGAACACAUACGGCCGCGGGCUGCUCGCAGGAGAGGUCGCGAUCAUCACAGGUGCUGGACAGGGUAUUGGACGCGCGACAGCGUUGCUGUUUGCGAAGGAGGGGGCAAAGGUCGUCAUCAGCGACAUUGACGCAAAGCGCCUGGAAGACGUUGAACAAGAGAUCAAGGCUGCAGGUGGUCAGGUUCUCUCUGUCGCAGGCGACGUUGGUGCGGACAGUUUCCCCAAGCUCAUCGUGGAUGCGACCGUCAACAAAUGGGGAAAAAUUAACCACAUAAUCAACAACGCCGGAUUCACGUUCGACAAGAUGCUACACACGACGCCGGACGAGACGUUUGACAUCAUCAUGAAGAUUCACGUCCGGGCGCCAUUCCGUCUCAUUCGCCAGGCUGCGCCUUACUUCCGUGUGAAGCCUGACCAGAGGGAGAACCGCUCUAUCAUCAAUGUCUCUUCAACCUCAGGUCUGCACGGGAACGUCGGACAAGCCAAUUACGCUUCAGCUAAGGCAGCUGUAAUCGGUCUGACGAAGACCAUUGCGAAAGAGUGGGGUCCGUUCGGCGUACGCGCUAACACGGUCGCCUUUGGGCUAAUCCACACUCGCCUGACGGCUGCAAAAGAAGCUGGCGUGACCAUCGAGAUCGACGGGAAGAAGGUCGCUUUGGGUGUCCCCGGGGCGAAGGGACCAACGGAGGCCCCCUCGCCGGAUGCUUAUUCUUUUAUUCCCCUUCGUCGCGGUGGCACGCCAGAAGACGCCGCGGGAUCGGUUCUGUUUUUGUGCUCGCCUCUGGCUUCGUAUGUCUCUGGACACACUCUGGAGGUGACUGGUGGUGUUGGAAUUUAA